CUCUUCCUAAAGCGGCGAGGCGCAGACGAGAGGCAUCACUCGAGCCCAGGUCUCCGCCACCGCCACACACAGCGCUCUGCAUUAAGGAGUAGGAGCUGCAGCGGAGGCGGCGGCGACAGCAGGCCGGCGGGCGCCAAAAAGGCCCGGGUUGAAAAGCCUGGGAGGGCCGCGGAGCUACCCACGGAGGAGGAGCCAGCCCCAGCCCUAGGCGCUACCACCGAAGAAGCCGUGCGAAGCAGCAGUCGCAUUCAUGGCCCAGUCACCGGUGGCUGUACAAGUGCCCGGGAUGCAGAAUAAUAUAGCUGAUCCAGAAGAACUGUUCACCAAAUUAGAACGCAUUGGCAAAGGCUCCUUUGGAGAAGUUUUCAAAGGGAUUGAUAAUCGUACCCAGCAAGUGGUUGCUAUUAAAAUCAUAGACCUUGAGGAAGCUGAAGAUGAAAUCGAAGACAUUCAGCAAGAAAUAACCGUUUUGAGUCAGUGUGAUAGCUCAUAUGUAACAAAAUACUAUGGAUCAUAUUUAAAGGGUUCAAAAUUAUGGAUAAUAAUGGAAUACCUGGGUGGUGGUUCAGCACUGGAUCUUCUGCGAGCUGGUCCAUUUGAUGAGUUCCAGAUUGCUACCAUGCUAAAGGAGAUUUUGAAAGGUCUGGACUAUCUGCAUUCAGAAAAGAAAAUCCACCGAGACAUAAAAGCUGCUAAUGUCUUGCUCUCAGAACAAGGAGAUGUUAAACUUGCUGACUUUGGAGUUGCUGGCCAGCUGACAGAUACACAAAUUAAAAGAAAUACCUUUGUGGGGACACCAUUUUGGAUGGCUCCUGAAGUUAUUCAACAGUCGGCUUAUGACUCAAAAGCUGACAUUUGGUCAUUGGGAAUUACUGCUAUUGAACUGGCCAAGGGAGAGCCGCCUAACUCAGAUAUGCAUCCAAUGAGAGUUUUGUUUCUUAUUCCUAAAAACAAUCCUCCAACUCUUGUCGGAGAGUUUACUAAGUCCUUUAAGGAGUUUAUUGAUGCUUGCCUAAACAAAGAUCCAUCAUUUCGUCCUACAGCUAAAGAACUUCUGAAACACAAAUUCAUUGUAAAAAACUCAAAGAAGACUUCUUAUCUGACUGAAUUGAUCGAUCGAUUUAAGAGAUGGAAGGCAGAAGGGCACAGUGAUGAUGAAUCUGAUUCUGAGGGCUCUGAUUCGGAAUCCACCAGCAGAGAAAAUAAUACUCAUCCUGAAUGGAACUUUACCACCGUGCGAAAGAAGCCUGAUCCAAAGAAACUGCAGAAUGGGGCAGAGAAAGACCUUGUGCAAACUCUCAGCUGUUUGUCUAUGAUAAUCACACCUGCAUUUGCUGAACUUAAACAGCAAGAUGAAAAUAAUGCUACCAGGAAUCGGGCAAUUGAAGAACUCGAGAAAAGUAUUGCUGUGGCUGAAGCUGCCUGUCCUGGCAUCACAGAUAAAAUGGUGAAGAAACUAAUUGAAAAAUUUCAAAAGUGUUCAGCAGAUGAAUCCCCCUAAGAAACUUCUUGUUAUUGGCUUUUAUUUCAUACAGACCUAAAGAAACCACCAAAGUUACUUCAAGCUUAAUAAUGUUUAACUCAUGAGCUCCAUGUGCCUUUUGGAUCUUUGUAUCAUUGAAGAUAUGGAAGAAGCUAUUCAACUAUUUUGUGAUGGCAUUUAUCAUUUUAUAUUUUAAAAAAUAUUUUGUAAGGAAAAAUUUUAAUACUGUAGUUUCAUCCGUUUUCUAGUAAAUGUUGAGAUACAGUUUUGCUUUUAGAUAUUAUUAUAUAUGUUACUAGGAUGAAUACCUUUCAUGUUUUGAUCUUUAGUUAACUGUACACUGAUGAAAUAUACAGGUUUUUCAGAGUCACCCUAAAUAUUCAACUUUCGUAAAUCAUCAAGCAUCUAAAAUAUUUAACUCAAGCAUAUUCUACAAAUGACUAUUGGUGGGGAGGUGAAAACAAGCCACAGCUUCUUAAAUAGAAGGUUUUAAUAAACUCUUAGAAAUGAUACCUGGAAAGGUAUUGACUCCUCUGCAGAGUUGGUAUGAAAUUUCAGGUAGCUCAGUGAUGAUCACAUUGAAGAGCCCCGUGUUUAAAGCAUUUAUAGGCAACAUGUAGCAACUGACAUACUUCUUGGUGUGCAGUAUUUAUCUUCUCUUUGAGAAGAGGCAAUUAACCCUUAUUUAACAUGGUUGGGGAUUUAAUACAAUACCAAUUAGCCAAGGAUGGAAUUUUGGUAAUACUGUAGGAAUUAGUCAGGCUUUAUUUUUAACAUCUUCAAUUUAAAUAGCAUAUUAUGUCCUUGGAUUUAGGGAGCUUAAAAAGCUGAUUAUCAUGUGAUUAAAUACCUGAUCAACAGGUAGGAAUAUAAUUUACACCAGCAUAUUUUUGGUUCACAGGCUGGCACUCAAUCCACUGAGCCACACCAGCCAGGGUUAUACUAGCAUAGUUUUAUCAUGGUAGUAAAAUAUCCUAUAAACUAUUUAUACAUUUCUAUUCUUCAUAAUUACCCAGUACAUAAGUAUCAUUUGUUCAUUUUUGAAAGGGUAUUUAAAUAGGCAUUUUCUAGUUCAUAUGAAAAUAAUCAUAGUACGGGAUGAUUUCUGUCUGAACAAAGGUAAGUUAGACUGUACUGUUAAUUUUCAGUUAUAUUUAUGGUACUGUUAUGUGGGUAAUAUCUUUUUUAAGCCCAGUAUGUAUGUGUGUGUAUAUAUAUCCUGCCUAAGUUCUGAGCUGUAGUUGUAGAAUUAUUCAUGCUAGUUAAUUUUAAUAGUUAAUGUUUUAUUGUUUGGAAUUGCACAAUUUAGUUUUUACAUAAAGGUUAUUUAGUCAUUUUUAAAAAUCUGAAAAUUGCUAAAUAUUAGAAAAAAGAGAUUCUUUAAGAAUACACUUUUUAGUCAAAGUGGCCAUUACCUCUUUUUUUGUAAUAGUAAAGACACUUGAAUAAGUUGUUGUCAUGUCAGUAUGCCAAGAAAAUUAUUUUCAUUAGUGCCUAUACUUUCACAAUUAUUUUUAACACAUUGUAUUUUGAAGUAAUAUUUCAGUUAAAAUUUUCACAUUCUAUAUAACUGAAACUCAGUUACAGUUUAUAAACUGUAGAGGUCAGAGAAUAAAUUUGCCACUCAUGAAUUAAAUAAAUAUUUUUCUAAAAGUAAAAGCAACCAAUUUGUAAAUCUAUUAUUUGAAACAUUUACAACACAACUGCAUCAUGAAUAGAAAUUGUAUAGCCUAUUCAUUAUUGUUAUUAGUCCUAUAAACUGUUUCUAAGGGAAGUGUUUUGGGGUUUAAAAUAAAUAUUUAA